AUGCCAGAUCAUCGCAUCCCUAGACAGAUCUUCUAUGGUGAGCUGUCCAAAGUAUCAGAACUUAUUAACCUAGUAAUAUGGGCAGCUCUCGGCAUAGCCAUGAUUGUUAUAGGAUCCAUUCAUAUUCACGACUGUGCAAUAGAGCCAAAUAUUCCAAUUUACCUAGUAGUGGCUGGUGCAGUUAGUUUACUUUUAGUUGUGUUAUGGCCUCUGAUGCUAUGUGCUCCCAGAGUAGCAUAUACCAUAGAUGGAGUACUAGGCCUCUUUACACUGGCCUGGUUCAUUGCAGGAAGUGUUUGGGUAUUUAGAAUCUACCAGACUGACCCCAGAGACUGUAAUGAUACUUUAUACAAAUUUGCAUUUGGUAUCUUGAUUUUUAAAUAUGCAUAUGCAGCCCUUUUUGUAGCAGGAUACAUCAUCAUGUGUUUAUGCUGUUCUUGCUGGCAAUAA